AUUGGUAUAGGAACGUCAACAUGGACGGGAAAGUUGUGCUGUGCUUGUUGGUUAUCUGGGUUGCAGUCUUAGAGGCUAAUCUUCAUGGAAAAGAUUUCAAAAAGAAAAUGUGGAAAAAAGAGUUCCAUACAGAUAAAUCCCUGAAAUUCAAAUGGUUUACAAGAGGAACAUGUCUGGAAGAAUGUAAGAAAAAUGAAGUUUGUGUGAAAGAAAAAGGAACUGAUAAAUCAGUGUGUUUGGCUAGACACAUAGUAAGAGACAGUCGAAGACUAUUGCGCAAGAGCCGCCGCUUAGGUAGAAGAAACUUCCAGCAUGGCAAACAUGCCAGAUUCAAUAAGAGACAUCAUUUCCAGGAGAGGCUAAGCAAGCACCAAAAGCAUGGACUGGAUUAUUAUGAAAAGAAAGCACUGGAGUUCUCAAAAUAUCAAGAUAAAAUAAAUAUUUUGAAGAACAAGCAUGGCAUGGUUCACAAACGAAGGAAUCCAGGAAAGGUCUCCAAAGACAGGAUCCUGUUAGAAAAGAUGGAGGAUGCCAAGGUGAAUGGGGAAUUGAUGAAACACAUGGCUCCUAAACCAGCCUCUGAAUCAGUUUGUGACAAGAAGGACCUAGAAAAGAUGGCUGUUCGCCUCCAGGGCUGGUUUGUAACACUUCAUGAGAAGCACCAUGAGGAGAAGGUCCACGGCCAUGUCUCAAAGAGAAGUGUGAGCGAACCUCAAAAAGAUGGAAAGUGUCACUGUGUCAAGUCAGUGAUGUGGCAGUUCCAUCAGCUGGACAAGAACCAAGACCAUCACCUGGACAAACACGAGAUGGCAGUGAUGGAGAACAACCAGAAGGAAGCUUGUAUGAGGCCAUUCCUCAACUCAUGUGACACGGACGCCGACUCACAUCUCAGUAAACAGGAGUGGUGCUGCUGCUUCCAGGCUGAGGCCCCGUGUGACCUCGCCCAGAAAGAGGCCAGGGAAGGGAAACUCCUGGGCGCCACAAUGCCAAGGUGCACUGUGGAAGGCUACUUCAAGAGGAUGCAGUGUAAUUCUAGCACAGGAUUCUGCUGGUGUGCGGACUUCAAUGGAAACGAGAUCAGAGGGACACGGAUGUCCAUGAAGAAGGGGGAGCCUAACUGUGGGAAGUUUGAUGCCCUUGGACGUGCCAAGACUACAAUGAAGAUGAACUGAUUCUGCCGCUCCUAAACAAUUCAUUGCUGAAAUUGUCUACAAUAUAUUAGUAUAUUAUUUAAAACAAUGCUGUUCUAUUUUUGGCUUAAAAGUAGUUGAAAAGAAUUUCUAUGCAACAAUAUUUGAAUGGUGUUCAAAGAUUUUAUGAUCAAAGAAAUAUAUACAAAUGUAUUUUUACUAUAUUGAUUCCAAUUUUAUCUCCUUUGUAUCUAUAUAUAUGUACAAACAUUUAUUAUGAUGUUUUGAUUUUAUUUUGUAUUUGAUAUUACCAGAAACUACCGUAUAUCUAUCUAUAUAUCUAGGUUUGGAAAGCAUUUUAAGAAAACUUUUUGAGAGCCAUUUUGCUGCUCUUUUGAACUUGGCCCACCGUAUUGCCUUUGUAACGUCUCUUAGCAUUUGAUAUGUCACAUUUGACCCAGCUUGUACUUGCCUUUAAUAGUGUUAAGUCAAUAGAUGUACACCUGUAGUUAUUACUACUUUUCAUUUACAUAUGCAGGAUUCUAUGUACAUGUAUGUGUCAGUCUUUUGUGUAUACACUCCACCAAUGGUUGUUUAUGUGUUGGACAUUUUUGAUUGGUUGUGAAAUUUUUAUUGUUUUAGAUUUAUACUCCCAUAUACAAUUUUUGUGAACUUUUUUUAAAAAUCUGAACAUUGAUACUUUUUUAUCUCAUGAGAUAGUAAUUUAUCUCAAGACAGUAACAAUGUGGAUAAGAGCAUUUUUUUGUAUGAAUCUUUCAUCAAACUGAAUGUGGAAGCUAAACAUUCAAGAAAUGACAUUCUUGUUAAAUAUUUGUACAUUAUAAAACCAUCUUUUAUGUGACCUUUUUUAAAGUAAAACUUUAUUUUGAUUUAAACACAAACAAAACAACGAAAAAAACAGUGUUUCACUUUUGCUCAAAGUUUGCUUGUAUUUAAAACUGCUUGCCUUCUAUUGAUUAAAUUAUAGCAUUCCA